AUGCUUUUCUUCACCCAGUGCUUUGGGGCUGUGUUAGAUCUUAUUCACCUGCGGUUUCAGCACUACAAGGCAAAGAGGGUUUUCUCAGCUGCCGGGCAACUUGUCUGCGUCGUCAACCCAACACACAGCCUCAAGUAUGCACCGACCCGCUGUGCAGCUGCGCAGGCGUCCACAGAGCAAGGCAUCCUUCCUCCCUGCCAUCACCACGAAGCAGUGCACGACCCCCAGCUGGUCCCCUGCACGUGCCCGCUCUUCUCCUGCCCGUGGGAAGGGCAUCUGGAGGUGGUGGUGUCCCACCUGAGGCAGACCCACCGCAUCAACAUCCUUCAGGGCGCGGAGAUUGUCUUCCUGGCCACGGACAUGCACCUGCCUGCACCCACGGACUGGAUCAUCAUGCACUCUUGCCUUGGCCACCAGUUUUUGCUGGUCCUCAGGAAGCAGGAGAAGUAUGAGGGCCACCCCCAGUUCUUCGCCACGAUGAUGCUGAUCGGCACGCCCACCCAGGCCAACAACUUCACCUACCGGCUGGAGCUCAACAGGAACCAGAGGCGCCUCAAGUGGGAGGCGACCCCCAGGUCGAUCCUGGAGUGUGUUGACUCUGUCAUUUCAGAUGGGGAUUGCCUUGUGCUGAACACUUCCCUGGCUCAACUCUUUUCUGACAACGGAAGCCUAGCGAUAGGAAUUGCGAUAACCACCAGCAAAGUUCACAGCUCCGAAGCUGAAAUGUGA